AUGUAUGCAGCAAGUUUAUUGGCAAGAUUCAUGCAUUGUCCUACAAAUAAACACUAUGGAACUGCAAAAAAAGUACUCAGAUACAUCAAGGGAACUCUGGAUUAUGGCCUGGAGUAUGUGAAGGGAAGGAAAGCUUGUUUAAUCGGCUUCUGUGACAGCAAUUGGGGUGGCUCAUUGGAGGACAGCAAGAGUACAUCAGGAUAUGCAUUCUCAUUUGGGAGUGGGGUGUUUUCUUGGGCUUCAGUCAAGCAAAACUGUGUUGCACUUUCAACUGCAGAAGCUGAAUAUAUAAGCGCAUCAAAAGCCACAACUCAAGCAAUAUGGCUGAGGUUCAUUUUGGAAGAUUUUGGAGAAAUACAAACUAAAGCUACUCCUCUUCACUGCGAUAACACUUCUGCCAUUGCUAUUACAAAGAAUUCUGUGUUCCAUCAAAGGACCAAGCACAUUGACAGAAGGUAUCAUUUUAUUAAGGAUGCAUUGCAGGAAGGAACCAUUGAUUUGGUGUAUUGUCCCACUAAAGAGCAGGUAGCAGAUAUCUUCACAAAACUUUUGGCUAAGGAUCGCUUCAACUAUCUCAGGAGUAUGCUCGGAACUCGGUGUGUAAGCAGAGCAUUUUUCAUUCUAUCUGAUUCUUCUAUUCUUCUCUUACAAAAAAACCCAGCUAGAAUACCAGAAACUGUAACAUCCUCAACUGAGCUUGUUCCAGUUCCUGAACCAUCUUAUGCUAGGGAGAUCCGCCAGCCUGCAUCAUUGCCACCUGUGUCAGAUGCAGGAUCAUCGGAACUUAAGUUACGACUAGAUGGUGUUCAAAGAAAAUGGGAUAGCGCGAGCACUUCAAAUUCAAAAGCACAUAAUACUUAUGAGUCAAGGAGGCCCCAGGUUGAAAUUUCUCCAGAAAAGCAGAAGCUUGCCAGUUCACUGUUUGGGGGAUCAUCAAAAACCGAGAGGAGGCCAUCUUCUGCCAACCAUAAGGUGUCUAAGGAAAAUAUCCAUGCUUCAGAGAAACCCCAGGUAUCAAAGGCAGCAGCUCAGUUAGAAGGGCUUCUUGAUCAAACUGAAGUUGCAUUAACUGCAAAUCAUGGUGCAGCUGGUGCUGCUAAGACACCUGAUGUUAUGGGAUUAUAUGCAGAUACAUCUCUCAGCGGGCUCAGUAGCAGUGUUGGCGACCCUUUGCCAACCAAUAGGGAUGAGUUUAAUCUUGCAUCUGACUUAUCAAAUGCUACAAGAACUGCUCAAAGUGGGGUAACACAAUUGAAUAAGGGUCCUAACCCUAAAGAUUCCUUGGAAAAGGAUGCACGUGUAAGGCAGAUGGGUGUGACCCCAACAAGUCAGAAUCCCAACUUGUUUAAAGAUUUGCUUGGCUAA